CCCGGUCAGCUGGCACAGAUGGACGUCGCGCGCUACAGCUGAGAACUGCUAGUUUCUGAAACCGGUUCGAUCUUAUGCUGCGGAACGACCGGUACCUCGAUGGGGUUGACGGACGUCUUUUACGCAGUGUUCUGCUGUAGAUGUCACGUGCAGCAGGAAAUCGAAGAAAAGGACGCAAUAUUAAGGACCAGCAUGUUCAGCGCCAGUGAGCAGAGUCAGGAUCCGGAACGGGCGGUGUGGGCCAGCUCACGGGCCCCCAACUCCACCACAGAACCCCAAUCUGACCGAGAGCUGCGCGCCUUCAUCAUGAUGAGGAACCAGGCGGACAAGGACACAGAGGAGUGGGAGAAGCUCAACUACGACAUCCACACUCUUAAAUACGCCCAGCGGGAGGUCGGCACGCGCUGGAGAAAGAUCCUGCUGCAGCUGGGCUACCAGGGGGAGGUGGACGGGCUGCUGAUGGUGAGCAGGCAGGGCACGCUGAGUGACUGUGGAAACCUGGCCGUCGCCGCGGAGAUGCUGCAGGCCCUGUGGGCGGAGUCCAGCCUCUUCCCUGCGGGAUACUGCGCCCAGGACAGAUAUCUCUUCGUCAUGGAUCGGCUGGUGUCUCUCGACAGCGCUGAGGACUUUGUCAGACUGGCAAAGGAGAAAUAUCCAAAGACCGGAUAGGAGGGAGUGUGAGCGUGUGUGUGUGUGUGUGUGUGUGUGUGUGUGUGUGUGUGUGUGUGUGUGUGAGUGAGUGUCUGUGUGUGUGUGUGCCAGAGAGAGAGAGAGAAUAAAUAAAUCUGCCUGUAGCUUCAUGCGUUAUAAUGCUGUACAUAUUAUCUAAUUUCAGAAGACGAAUGUUGCCUGAUGCGAGGCUAAUAGGCUCAGACAGGUACAGUUACAGGGCUGCCAGACGACUUCUUACGCUGACCAGUCCCUGACGACUACUCCUGCAAUCAGAAUUACUGAUGCGCCAAGUGGAUUAUGGAAACAAAUGGUACCUACAAUAUGGCUCUGAGAUGUUGUUUAAGAGUUCCAUGAUUUCUGCAAUGCAGUCCAUAUAAAAUGUAAAUUCUGUAACAUAUAUUAGUUUUUUUUUUUUAAACUUAGUAUUUUUUGUUGCUGGAAGACAAAUUUAAAAGCUGAA